AUGGCUAACACCACCCAAGACACCUUCUACUUCAUCCUCACGGGCAUCCCUGGAUUUGAGGCCCACCACAUCUGGAUCUCCAUCCCUUUCUGCUGUCUCUACACCAUCUCCAUCAUGGGAAAUACCACCAUUCUCACUGUCAUCUGCACAGAGCCAUCCCUCGUCCAGCCCAUGUACCUGUUCCUCUCCAUGCUGGCCCUCACUGACCUGGGUCUCACCCUCAGCACCCUGCCCACAGUCAUGCAGCUCCUCUGGUUUAACAAUCAGAUCAUCAGUUUUGAGGGCUGUUUUGCCCAGUUGUUCUUCCUCCAUACGUUCUCUUUUAUGGAAUCUUCAGUCCUACUGGCCAUGUCCUUUGACCGCUACGUGGCCAUCUGCCGCCCCCUUCAUUAUGCCACCACCCUCACCAACAGUGUCGUUGGCAGGAUAGGGUUAGCCAUCCUUUGCCGCUGUGUUCUGGCUGUUCUUCCCUCCCUUUUCCUACUCAAGCGCCUGCCCUUCUGCCGCUCCCACCUUCUCUCUCACUCCUACUGCCUCCACCAGGAUAUGAUUCGCCUGGUCUAUGCUGACAUCCGAGUCAACAACUGGUAUGCCUUUGCUGUGGUUUUGCUCAUUAUUGUGAUGGACCCUCUGCUCAUUGCACUCUCCUACACAUUCAUCCUGAAAAGUAUCUUGUGCACAGCCUCAUGGACUGAGCGACUGCGGGCCCUCAAUAACUGUCUGUCCCAUAUGCUGGCUGUUCUGGUCCUCUAUGUGCCCAUGGUUGGGGUAUCUAUGACCCAUCGAUUUGCCAAGCAUGCCCCUCCUCUAGUUCAUGUUAUUGUGGCCAAUAUUUACCUGUUGGCACCUCCAGUGAUGAACCCCAUCAUUUACAGUGUAAAGACUAAGCAGAUCCGCCAGGGAAUUUUUCGCCUCAUUUCUCAAAGAAGCAUGUAUUUAAGGUGA